CGGAUUGGCCGGCGCGGGGUCCCGUCGGGUCCCUAGUCCGGGCCGCCGCCACCGCCACCGCCACCGCCACCACCACCGUCAACAUGAUCAUCCCCGUGCGCUGCUUCACGUGCGGCAAGAUCGUCGGCAACAAGUGGGAGGCCUACCUGGGGCUGCUGCAGGCCGAGUACACCGAGGGGGACGCCCUGGACGCGCUGGGCCUGAAGCGUUACUGCUGCCGCCGCAUGCUGCUAGCCCACGUAGACCUCAUCGAGAAGCUGCUCAACUAUGCGCCGCUAGAGAAGUAACCGCGCCCCCUCAACCCCCAGCACACUUCGCGGGGAUUGCGGGGGACCCCGCCUGCCUCCCGGGGUGGAACCGGCAGUGAAGACCCUCGGCCCAGUGAUGGACACUUGGAAGCCUGCAUCAGCAGUUCUGCCGCGGCCCCUGGAACCCAGCGCAAAAGCCGACCGCCCUGCCCCUGGGAUCCUCACCCACCCACCCCUCUGGCCCCCUUUGCUCCACUAGAAACCCACCCUAAAACCCAGGCCUCACGAUCCUCACCAAGGCUUGGGAAUGGAAACGCCUUUUUCUAUAAACCCGUUUUCACCCUAA